AUGGAUUCCUUGUUGAAAUUGCCCGAAGCUACAUCAAUGGGUGAGGUGAAGAAACUGAGAAAUAUUUAUGACAAGUUGGAAUCGCAUGUUCGAAGUCUACGAAAUGUUGGUGUUUCUCCAGAUACAUAUGGUUCAUUUCUUGCUCCAGUUGUUAUGUCAAAGAUUCCAGAAGAAUUGAGGAUUAUUAUUACGAGGGAUUUGCCAUCUGGUGAGUGGAAAUUAGAACCACUUCUCAAGAUAUUUAAUACAGAAUUGCAACUGCGAGAGAAAUGUACCCUUGUCAGUGGUACUGGUCAGCGGAAAGAACAACAUUUCAGUCAAAGAGACAAAGGGAAAUAUAUCAAUCGUUAUCAAUCAUCUACAGCUGCCUUGCUAACAGAGAACAAGAGUGUUCAAUCAAGGGAAGGGCCAUGGUGUACAUUUUGUAAUGGGAACCAUCCAUCAUCUAACUGUACGAUUGUGACCGAUAUCUCUGCUAGAAAGCAGAUUCUGUGUCGACGGGGUAAAUGCUUCAAAUGUCUUAAAACUGGCCACUUAGUUAGAGAUUGCAAAUCGGGAAAACCCUGUUAUAACUGUGGUAAUAAUCAUCAUACAUCCAUAUGUGAAACCCGUAGUAAGCCUAAGACCUACACCCCACAAUCAAUUAGCCCAAAUAUACCACAACAAAGAAAUCCUCCAUUUGUACCCUUAUGUCCAUCAACAAACAUGCUUGUACAUCAACCCCCAUACUACCCAGUUGGCCCACCUUGUCAUUCCAAUACCCCACAUGUACCAAAUGCCUCUGCAUUUCCAUUUACACCACAACAGACAAAUAUAUCAUCCAGCAACCCAUUUGUACCAACCUAUCCAGCAACAAACAUGCAUGCACCUCAAUUUCCGUACUCCCCAG